AUGUCCGGCAGAGGAAAGGGCGGCAAGGGGCUGGGCAAGGGCGGCGCCAAGCGCCACCGUAAGGUGCUGAGGGACAACAUCCAGGGCAUCACUAAGCCGGCCAUCCGCCGUCUGGCCAGGCGCGGCGGCGUGAAGCGCAUCAGUGGGCUCAUCUACGAGGAGACGCGCGGCGUCCUCAAGAUCUUCCUUGAGAACGUCAUCCGCGACGCCGUCACCUACACCGAGCAUGCCCGCCGGAAGACUGUGACGGCGAUGGACGUCGUCUACGCGCUCAAGAGGCAGGGCCGUACCCUCUACGGAUUUGGCGGUUAG